AUGGCUGAUGUAGGUGGCUGGAGCACCAUCGAGUCAGAUGAGGGUCUCUUCACCUCUCUGAUCGAGACACUCGGAGUUAAAGACACCCAAUUCGAAGAGCUCAUCUCCCUAGAUGCAGACACAAUACGGUCACUAGGUCUACGGCGUAAUCUUCCUCUUCAAAUGGACACGCGAAGCCUCUGGCGCACGCGCCGAAGCCCCCUCGACGGAACCUACGACCAAACCGCCACAGACAACCUCUUCUUCGCCGCACAGACAAUCCAAAACGCCUGCGGCACCCAAGCCAUCCUCUCCGUAAUCCUCAACCACGACAACCCGCCCGCGCCGCAGCCACCAAUCGAGCUCGGCGAGGAGCUACGCUCCUUCAAAGACUUCACAACGGGCUUCCCGGCGGAGCUGCGCGGCGAAGCGCUCUCGAACUCGGAAGCGAUCCGGAGCGCGCACAACAGCUUUGCGCGAGCGAGCCCAUUCGCUGAUGAGACGGCGCGUCCGCAGGACGAUGAGAAGGGCGCGGAUGUUUACCACUUCAUUGCGUAUACGCCUGUCAAUGGGACGUUGUAUGAGCUUGAUGGACUGCAGCCGCAUCCUAUUAGCCAUGGGGCGUGUGCGACUGGGGAUUUCCCUGAGAAGGUUAUUGAGGUUUUGCAGAGGCGCAUUGCGCGAUACCCGCCUGAGGAGACGCAUUUCAAUCUUAUGGCUGUUGUGAGGGAUCCGAGGGGGAGGGCGAGGGAGAUUGGGGAUGUGGAGACGCUUGAGAGGGAGGAGAGAAAGAGGGCUGCGUGGCAGUGGGAGAAUACGCUCAGACGGUGUAAUUUUGUUGGGUUUAUUGGGGAGGUCAUGAAGGGGGUUGUUGGGGUUAAGGAGAAGGAUCCUCAGGGGAAGGCUUAUGAGGAGUGGGUUGAGAGUGCUAGGAGGGAGACGAGGAAGAAGCUUGAGAUGCGCCGAUAG